CCUACAGGCAACUGUGAAGAGUGGAAGGAGAGUUCCCAAGACCUUUGUGCAGAGCGAUAAUGGCGAUUUCAUCUUCAUCACUCUCUGCAAGUGUAUUCCCCGUAUGCAAUUGCAAUUCCUCCGCCAUUUCAGCUAAACCAAAGCUCUCUUUUACCUCUUUGCCUCCAAAUUGCGCUAAAUUCCACCCCCUCAAAACCUCCCGACUUUCGACUUCCAGAAUUCUUGCUGCCCCUGAAGUCUUGGACUCCUCCGCCGAUGUUACUGCUACUCAGGAUGAAGCUGCUGCUACUUCCUUUCCAGAUGUCAGCUUUGAUUCCGAUAAGGUGGCACCAAAGCAUAAGAUUAGAAUCAAGUUGAGGUCAUACUGGGUACCUCUGAUAGAAGACUCGUGCAAGCAGAUAAUGGAUGCAGCGAGGAAUACAAACGCGAAGACCAUGGGUCCCGUACCAUUGCCUACCAAGAAGAGAAUAUACUGCGUGCUUAAAUCUCCUCACGUGGACAAAGAUGCCAGGUUCCAUUUCGAGAUUAGAACGCAUCAACGCCUUAUUGACAUUCUUUACCCAACUGCCCAAACAAUCGACUCGUUGAUGCAGCUUGACCUUCCUGCUGGAGUCGACGUGGAGGUCAAGCUGUGAAAGUUAGCCUUCUGCUCCAUUGUCAAUGGAGCGAGCACCCUUAUUUUUUUCAUCACAUUUGCAGUUCUGCUUUUGAAAUCUGAAUAGAAUGAGUGUUGAACAAAUUUUAGCUUGUGGAAGCAGUGAUAGACACAAUCUUUAUGUAUAAUAUUUGAAUAGUUAACAUCCAUCCAUCAUAUGCAUUGUUUCACCA